AUGCACGUCGACGCGGUCUUGCGGCAGCUCUCGGUCGCCGAGGUGCAGAAGCUCCUCGAUGCGACCCGCCGGGAGAAGGAGGCGAAGGAGAAGGAGAUGCAGGCCAUGGGCGGCUCCCGCUACCACGACCUCAUCGAGUCCGCCGACCAGAUCGUGAGCAUGCACGAGGCCUCGAUGCACCUCGAGCACGCCCUUGGCGACAUGCCACGACUCUGGAAGCAGCUCGAGGCCUGCGUGGAUGCGAUCGUCGAGCGCCGGCCCACAGAGGCCUCGGCGCAAGUAGCGGUGGAUGAAGACCCGCUCGAAGAUGAUGUCCAUAUCAUCGUCGCGGCCUCGGAGCGCAUGUGGGCUGCGAUGGAGCGCGGACGGCCUCUCGAAGCGUAUGCGACCUACCAUCAUGUCCAAGCCGCAUCGAUGCGACUCUCACCCGACAUAUUGCAUGAGAAGGCCUUCCUUGCCCUCGAUCUGCAAGCCAUGCUCGACUUCCCCAAGCGGAUCGAGGAAUGCGCCCACGCAUGUCUGGCCGUGCCCAAGCAGCGCGCAAGCUUUUAUGCGGACGCGCUGCGCACGCUCGAAGAGAUGGCGCCAACCCAGAGUCGUCUCGCACUUCAAUCGACCUUUCUCUCGGGCCGAACCAAGGCGGUCGAGGCGACAGCAGCCCGCGCGUCGGCCCCGCAGUCGAUCGUGCUGCGGCUCUUGCACAUUAUCCUCUCGACGCUUUCGCAUCUCGACACACUCUUUCUAAACCCGACGUCGACGAUGCGCUUGCUGCCUGCGGCGGAUGCGAGCACCGACGCGGCGCUGGCGACUGCUGCGUCGAGCUGGCUCGGCUCGGCCAUUGAAACGCUGCGCCACCACAUUACCGCUUUGCUCGAGACGAGUCGGGACAUCACGACACUGGGCAAGGUCCAGUCUCGACUCCAACGCUGCGUCGACAAGUACACUGUGCCACUACCGCUCCUCCGCGACGCCAUGGCCGUCACCACCAACGACGAGGAGAAGACGCCGAUGUCGGUGUGGGCCCUCGUGGCAGACGACCUGUUUGUUCAAAAGACACAGGCCCUCUUCCAGGGCGCGCUGGACCUCGCGGGCAGCACGUUUCGCCACGCGCUCUUGCAGGCGCCGAGCGACGAGAGCGUGUUGACGUUUGUCAAUGCGCUUUCAGCCAUGCUCGCGCAAGCCGACGCGUCCUUGCACGGUGUGUUGCACGAAGGCAUGCUGCGCCUGCUCUUUGACCUCGUCGCGUUUCUCGAGACGCGCGUGGCUGCCACGAUCGCCAUCGUCGAGCUGUGCUUGACACUGCAAACGUCGCUGCCGACGGUGUUUGCCUCGACAUGGACGACGUCGGUGUCGGUGUCGGUCGCAACGAUCCGCGCGGCCGUUGCGACGCACGCCACCGAUCAAAGAUUGCCCGCUGCGAGCUUGCCCCGUCUCUUUUCGACGCUUGCGCUGGACCAACUCCCACCGAGUCCGCUACUCGGCGCGCUUCUGCCCCCCGACUCGAGCGCCACAUUGACCCAAGUCGUGUUUCUCUGCCAUGUACAGCAACGCCAUGGCCCAGCAACGCUCGUUCACAGCGUGUUUGAGGUGCUGGCUCAGGAAGUGGGCUCGGUCUGGGCCCAGCGUGCGGUUGCCGACGCCACAGAUCCCGUCGUUGCCUCGCUUCGGGAUCAGUUUUACGGCUAUUCAAACGAGGACUGGCGACGCGUACACCGGCCGUUCUGGGUGUCUGUGGCCGUGCCCACCGACGACGACGACGAGGCAGGAGGUCUGGGGCACAUGUGGCUUCCGUGGUCGGAGACGCCUGCGAUUGCGCAUGCGCUCUUUACCCUACAGGCCUCGAUGCCCCGGUGCGCGCAACCAACCGUUGACGCGAUCCUCAAGGCCCAGCUCCGGUCGCACGUGCUCGGGUGGACGUUUGAUGUGCUGGCGUCGCGCGUCGCGUCGCUCGCGGCGGCCAAACCGCUCAAGCCACCGCUCGACUUUGGCCAAGCGGUCGCGCUUCAGAGCAUCUUUGACGUCUACUUUGUCCGGCUUUGCAUCGGCGACGCGGACUUUGCGCGCUUUGGGUGGGGCGACGCGAUCGCGCACGCGGGGCUCCAAGCGCUCGUGACCGACCUCGUCCACGACUGGAUCGACCCUGUGGACUGGGAGCUCUAUGGCCCGCCUCUUGUCGACAACGUCGUCGCACAGUUCCAGACGUCGCGGCUGCUGCUGUCGGGGCUCGCAACGUCGUCGGUCGUCUCGGGCGCCAAGGUCCUGCCGCGGGAGACACCGCUUUUGGACGUGGCCCCGCCAGCGCCUCGCUUUGCGCUCUUGCCAGUGCCUUCGCUGAAACCAACCCCGCGCCUCCCGACACCCGUGCACGUGCGUCCGCCAUCGCCCAAGGUCCCCCAGCAACACCGGUCGUCGAUCCAGUCGCUACUCUCGACCUCGAGCUCGUCCCUGCUCGGGUCGGCGGCCGCAGCCAAAGGCAUCUCGCUACUCUCGACGUACCUCCAGCCAACCAAAGAGUAG